AUGAGUACAACUACCUAUGGCACUCCAUCAUAUACUUCAAAUACAACUAAUACAAGUUCCAACCCAUUACUUUAUACAUUUCGAAGUCAAGAUACAGCAAUUCAACCAUAUUUUAUUGUUGUUGCUCAAUUUCUCUUUUUUGAAAUUUGCUUUCGUCUUUGGAAUCGAAUUCUUUAUGGAACAUGGUUAUUAGCCAGUGAUUUCAUUAGUAUUCGAAUAAUUCCAUCAUCAUCUCGUCCAUCUGUACGCAAAAAGGUAUCUCCUAUUCGAAUCUUCUCUCCCUUUGAUAGCCAAAAAGCGAUUUUAUUGAAAACUAAAGAGGAUCUUGAAGAACAUAAAAAGAAACCAACAUUUGAUCUAUUUGAUAUUCUUUUCAUUUGUUUACCAUUAAUUGGUCAUGCAAUUUGGUAUUGUAUUAUUCAAGGAACAUCAGAUUGUAAAUCCGCUGCCCAUGGAACAACAUGGAAUUGCUACAAUUUGUUUGGUUAUCGAGUUUAUAAUUAUCUAUUCGAUUCAUUUUCGAUGUUUGCAUUUGAAUAUAUUUCCAAAUGGAUUAUUUUACAUGAUAAAACACUUCAUAAUAUUCCAUGGAUUGAUCGAAAACAAAAUUGGCGAAGAAUUUUAGUAAAGGUUAUAUUUUAUUCUUCGAUGGUAAUAUCAACAAUCACAUUUGUCUUUGUUGCUGCUCUGCUAUUUCCAUAUAUCUUUACAAAUGUUAUUCCAAUGACCGCCAUCUAUUCGUUUAUCGUUGUCAUCUAUGCUUAUAUCGUCACGAUUUAUACGUGUUUCCUUAAAUUAUUUACAUUUAUUUCAAAGAAAAUCUUCAAAUCUGAUGAUAAAAAGGAUGAACUUCCACGAAUCCAAGUGGCAGUUAAGAAAUAUUAUUACAAACGACGAUUGAUUAUUCGUUUCGCCGUACGAUGGUCACCACAUUUAAUACCGUUUUUGUACAAUUUAUCACAAUAUUUUUAUUAUAAUGGAGGAGAUUAUAUAGAUGCACUUAAUCAAGAAGCGUCAUCGAGAUACGUUCACGGAUAUUUCGAGCGAAUGACAAAUUCAUCACAAAUCGCUCAUACAAUAUUAUCAACACUUUAA